CUUCCCCGCCGCGUCCGGAGACGACCGGCCGCCGCUGCCUGCUGCCUAUUGGCUCGCGGCACUGUCGCUCACGCUCAGUUCCUACUUCCGCUUCAGCCUCCCUUUCCUGCUAGGCGCGAGCGGAGCGGGGCGAGGAGCGUGGAGACGGAGUUUCCCGAAAGCGCUACUGCAGAGAUGGUCAACGUUCCUAAAACCCGAAGGACUUUCUGUAAGAAGUGUGGAAAACAUCAGCCUCACAAAGUGACCCAGUAUAAGAAGGGCAAGGAUUCCCUCUACGCCCAGGGAAAGAGGCGCUAUGAUCGGAAGCAGAGUGGCUAUGGUGGGCAGACAAAGCCAAUAUUCCGGAAGAAGGCUAAAACCACAAAGAAGAUUGUGCUGAGGCUUGAAUGUGUGGAACCCAACUGCAGGUCCAAGAGGAUGCUGGCCAUUAAGAGAUGCAAGCAUUUUGAACUGGGAGGAGAUAAGAAGAGAAAGGGUCAAGUGAUCCAGUUCUAAGCUUUGAGAUUCUCUUACUUUUGAGAAGAAAAUGUUGACGCUGUAGAAAAAUUACCUGUAUGAAAAUAAAUAGUGAUAUUUUUACCCAAA